UCUUAAUAUAGUUUGCUUGUUACAGCGUUAGAUUGGCUCAGUGGAUGCAGAAACAUGUUCCUUUGCCUUGUAAUCAGUGACUUUGUCUUCUUUACACACUCAUUCCAGUUUCACAGGAUCUUUGCCAGGCUGCUGCGACCUCUGACCUCUGACAUCUUUACUGAUGGCUGCAUCUCAUAUUGCUGAUCGAGAAUUUGGGGUCGCUGUCAGUCACUGUGGAUGAGACAAAACUACAUUUCAAAAAUGUCAAAGUGAAAAUUUCACAGAGUUUUUGGCUGUUUGGACAUCGACAACGAAAGUCAGAGAGAUGGAAAUCUAAAACAGACUAAAAGUCCCUAUGAGGAAGUGACAUCAUACUAACCACAGGAAGUAGAUGCAGCAUCGCUCUACUAAAGCACUACUUUAGAGACUCAGACAGUUGUGAGCACGAGAACAAGAGACAGAAGAAGGAGAGAGACAGAGAAUCACGAUGGCUGAGUUCAAAUGGAUUUCUUUAUUUCUUAUAGCGGUGCUUCAGUUCACAGCAGCUGAAAGACUUCCCCUCUCCUUCACUGUCAGAGUUGGAGAUGAAGUCACUUUGCCUUGUGAAAAUGUGACAGACGGUCAGCGAAAAUGUGACAGUACUACAUGGCUCUUCAGUGAUUCAAGAUACACAGCAGCAGUAGAUCUUAUUUAUCUUGGGCAGAUUGUUGAAAGAGCCAAAGCUCAAUCAGACAGACUGAGUGUUACAGCGAGCUGUUCUCUGGUUAUAAAGAACGUCACAGUCGAGGAUGUUGGUCUUUACACCUGCAGACAGUUCAGAUCACGACGACAACAAGCUCCAGACUCUCUGGUUCAUCUGUCUGUUGUUACCAUGACUGAACAUCAGGACACUGAUAAGGUGACGUUCACCUGCUCUGUGUCGACAUUUGAACGAUGUGGACACACAGUGAAGUGGCUGUAUGAGGGUGAAGAUGUGGCUAAAGAUAACAAAGACUUGGUGACAUCACAGUCUCUCUGCAGAGCCUCUGUGCGCUUCCUGACUUCUCAUUACAGUCACACAUCGAGGUCUAACUUCCUUACAUGUUUAGUGACUGAUGGCAACAAAGAGCAGUUUCCCUACAGACUUCGGCCCUCAGGUGAGAAACCAGGUGAGGACACAACAACAGCAACAACUGAAUCAACAACAACAACCGAAAACAGCAGAAAAGCAGCUCGUACAGAUUGUUCUGCUCUGAGCUACAUAAUGUUGGUUAUGCGUGUGGCUGAACUCCUCCUAAUCACUGCGAUUACUGUUCUUCUCAUCAGAGCUCGAGGGAACCAGAGACCACCUGACGACAACACUGUUUUAAACUCAGUAAGAAGCCGAACAGUGAAGCGUUCUGGUCCAGCAGCCAGUCAGGUGCAAGAUGAUGUUACGGUGAACUAUGAAAACUGAUCAACAACUUCAACAUCAACUCAAAAAAAGAAAGAAAAAACUUACGUGCAAAUCGUCUUCCAAUUUAACAAUUUAGACUUGAUUUUAAGAUUUUGCUCAUUGCUGUUUAAGAUGUAGGUAUUAAUUCUCUUUGUGUUCACAAGAAAUUAAGUGAUUUUCAUUCAUAGCGGUGCUGUAAACAUGGUCGUUGGUAGUCCAGCAUGUUUUUGUGCACUUUUUUGAUUGGGUUUGAAUGAGCUUUUAGUCUGAGUCUCUUUAUUGUAACUGAGAAUUGUAUAAUCUGCAAAUAAAAAAGUGCUUAAUAACCACUCA